AUGCAGCAUAAAGGCAUCAUGCUGAUUGUGUUCUUGGAAUAUCUUAUUUCUGGCCAUGGGGAAGCAGAUCCCAUGAGGCUACAAGCCUUCCGCUGUAAUGGCCGUUCUUGCAACCCUUCGGUGGGAAACCUUGCAACAGGGAGGACACCAGUCACUCUCACCACGUGUGGCCAGAACAGUACAGAACUGUACUGCUUCUACCCAGACCAGAAUCUCCUCCAUCAGGUCUCCCAUGGCUGUGGGCAGCCUCGCUGCACCAAAUGCAAUGCCAACCAGCCUGAUAACUCCCAUCUCCCUGCUGACAUGACAGAUGAUUUUUUUGCAAACCCCAUCUCCUGGUGGCAGUCUGCCCAAGGAGUACACAGGGAAGAAAUCAGAAUGGACUUUGAAACAGAAUUCUACCUGACUCAUGUCAUUGCUGUGUUCAAGUCACCUCGCCCAGCUGCGAUGGUGUUGGAAAGAUCCCAGGACUAUGGGCAGACUUGGAGGCCCUACAAGUAUUUCUCUGUCAACUGUACAGCAACUUUUGGGCUCCAGGAUGAUAUUAUUGAGGAAGGCUCCAUGUGCACUUCCAGGUAUUCUGAUGCAGUGCCCUGCACCAGAGGAGAGGUGAUUUAUCGUGCCUUAAGUCCGGCUAACAAGAUCGAAGACCCCUAUAGUCCUGAGGCUCAAGAUCUCCUGAAACUCACCAACCUCCGCCUCCUUUUGUUAAAAAGACAGGAAUGUCCAUGCCAUGGUUCAGGAUUGGUGGAGAAACCUCAGAGAUUUGCCCACUAUGCUAUUUAUGACCUGAUCAUCCGGGGAAGCUGCUUUUGCAAUGGGCAUGCAGAGGAAUGCGAGCUUGCCAACAGGACGGGAGUCAUGGAGAACAUGGUCCAUGGGAAGUGUGUAUGUAGACACAACACAGCAGGGGACCACUGUGAGAAAUGUGCACCGCUAUACAAUGAUCAGCCUUGGAAGCCAGGAGAUGGAAAAACAGGGGCACCAAAUGAAUGCAGAAAGUGUCGCUGUCACAACCACGCUGACAGCUGCCAUUUUGAUCUGAGUGUUUGGCUGGCAUCAGGAAAGCGCAGUGGUGGAGUCUGUGACAACUGCAAGCAUAACACAGAGGGACAUCGGUGUCAAAGGUGCAAACCAGGAUAUUACCGAGAUAGAGGGAAACCCAUGUCUUCUGCAGAGGUCUGCAAACCUUGCGCCUGCCAGCCAAUGGGUUCAGCCAACGCAACUUUCAGCAGAAGCUGGCGAUGCCACCCCAAGACGGGAUUCUGCUACUGCAAGCCAGGUGUGGCGGGCCCCAACUGCGAUAGAUGUCUCAUGGGCUACUGGGGCUUUGGAGAAAAUGGCUGUCGCCCUUGUGACUGUGCCAGAGACUGCGACCAGCAUACUGGAAACUGUUUCAAUGGCUAUGACAAUGAGCCAUUCUUCAACAUCCCCAUUGGGGGACGAAUCCCUGACCUUGUGCAAACACCAACCAACGAGAGCGAAGAGGAGUGGAAAUGGAAUGACCAUGAGCAGGGAUUUUCUGCAUUGAGGCAUCCAGAGAAGUGUGUGUGCAAAGAAAAGGUGCUUGGAAGCGUCACUGACUUCUGCCAAAUGAAAUAUGCUUAUGUGAUAAAAGCAAGAAUCCUGUCAGCUCAUGACAAAGGGACCCACGCGGAGGUUGUUGUGAAAGUGAAGAAGGUCCUGAAAUCAGGCAAAGUGAAAAUUGCUCGGAGCAACAGAAGCAUUUACCCAGAAUCCUGGACCAACAGGGGAUGUACAUGUCCCAUUCUCAAUCCUGGUACUGACUAUCUUAUAGCAGGCCAGGAAGACUCUAGGUCCAACAAACUCCUUGUGAACAUGAACAGCCUGGUGAAACCCUGGAAAGCACAUUUGGGAAAACAAGUAUCAGAUAUUCUUCGAACUGGGUGCAAAUAA